UAUGUUUAAUAAUUGCCAAUAUAUUGUUAUUGAGUUUUAUAAAAACUGUUAAUUAAAUGAGCGUUUGAUUACAACAUAAGUGUUACUAACAAUUGAAUGCAUAAUAAUUUUGUUAAUAAAAAACACACAAAAAUGUAUUAUUGAACUCAAUUUGCAAACACAUUGUGUCAUAUGUUAUGCUAAACACAAACACAAAUACAAAGUGUAAACAAACGCUUACGUAAUGAUUGAAUGGCUUUUAAAAGACAACACAUGAGAGACAUUGAAAGCACGUGUUAUUCAUAUGUUAAUAGACUUGAAUCAAAUUGUGUGAUAAAAUCGGUGAUAAUAUUAUUAUUAUCUGAGUUUAGUUUAGAUCAUCAAAAGUAUUGCGACGACCAGACCUAAUGAUGAACGAUUCGGUGAAGACAAUAGUGGUUCAGCUGAAGUCAGAGUCGGACGAAUCAUUCGGUAAUCCGUUUGAUAUACCGGUGGACAUCAGUUCAGACAAAUUGCAACUUAUUUGCAAUGCUUUACUUCAAAAUGAAAAACAAGUGCCGUAUCUGUUCUUUGCCAAUGACAUCGAGAUUACAAAAAGUCUUAAGCAAACCAUUGAAUCUAAUCCAUCGUUGUUUGAGUUUGAGAAAUGUUUGGACAUUGUGUGCGCCCCUCAGGCCGUGUUUCACGUGCAGGCCGUCUCCCGAUGCACGUCAUCCAUAGCCGGCCACUCGGAUGCUGUCGUAUCUGUACAGUUUAGUCCCGACGGAACACAUUUAGCCUCCGGUUCCGGUGAUACUACUGUCCGUUUUUGGGAUGUGACCACUGAAACGCCAAAAUUUACGUGUAGUGCUCACCGAAACUGGGUCCUGGCCAUAGCCUGGUCUCCUAAUGGCCAACGAUUAGCCUCCGCUGAUAAAAGUGGGAUUAUAUAUAUUUGGGAUCCAAAAACAGGUAAACAAAUUGGUAGUCCGUUGUCAGCUCACAAACAAUGGGUAAACUCAAUGUCUUGGGAACCAUUUCAUUUUGAUCCCGAUUGUCGUCGUUUGGCCAGCGCUUCAAAGGACUGUUCAGUUAGAAUAUGGGAUACAGUUCUUCAAAAAGUACUUUUCACUAUUAAUGGACACUUGCAAAGUGUUACGUGUGUUAAAUGGGGUGGAAGUGGUCUUAUAUACACUGCAUCUCAAGAUAGAACUGUUAAAGUGUGGAGAAGCGAUACGGGUAUCCUUUGUCGGACACUUGAAGGACACGCUCAUUGGGUCAAUACAUUAGCACUGUCUACAGAUUAUGUGAUGAGAACGGCUGCAUUUGAUCCGGCCUUUCCUAAUGAUAGGAUUGAAUUGAAUACAAAUAUUGAUUUGAUGGUUAAAAAUGCUAAACAACGGUAUCAAUUAGUACGCAAUGAUAACGAACGGCUAGUAUCGGGUUCUGAUGACUUCACUUUGUUUCUAUGGUUUCCCGAAAAAGAUAAGAAAUGUUUAUCACGAAUGACAGGACAUCAACAGCUGAUAAAUGACGUGAAGUUUUCACCCGACGCUCGCAUUAUUGCAAGCGCUUCGUUUGAUAAAUCAAUUAAACUGUGGGACGGAAAAAACGGAAAAUUUAUUACAUCACUUCGUGGACACGUUAAGGCUGUCUAUCAAAUUUCUUGGUCGGCAGACAACCGACUUCUAGUGAGUGGAAGCGCUGACUCGACUCUAAAAGUUUGGGAUAUUAUUGACAAAAAACUUAUGAUUGAUUUACCCGGACAUGCGGAUGAAGUUUAUGCCAUCGAUUGGAGUCCCGACGGAGAACGAGUGGCCAGCGGUGGCAAAGAUAAAGUCCUCAAAUUAUGGAAAAGAUAAUGAAACAACAAAUUUAUUUGUAUCCAUAUAUAAUCAAUUUGUAUUUAUAUUUCAUUAUUAAACAUUUAUAUUUUAAAUAAAAUAAUUUUUUACUAUC